AUGCAACAACACGCCAAGCUCUGUGUCACUGUCUACAAUGUGCAGUGGCGUCGAUUUUUAAUACCAGCAGUAGCUGACUCCGUGGACUCGCUAAUUGGGAAACUGGGUGGUUGUGGACGGUUUCAAGUUCUCUUUGUUUCUCUGGCAUAUUUCCCAUUGGUGCCAGCAACCUGGUCGCUGUUGUUCAUGAUCUUUGGCAACUACAACCCUGGGCUGGAAUGUGGGGACGAUUAUCCUUCAAGUAUACUCAACACGAUGCAGUCAAGCAACCUAGAAAACGAUAACUUUCUCCAUAACACAACUGUAGUAUGUUCUUGUGUGACGAUUAAAUCACAUAAGAACUGGACUUUCAAUAAAGCAGCUUUGACGGUGGUCACAGAGUGGAGUUUGAUCUGUGAGGAUUCAUGGAAACGCUCCACCAUCAUAUCUGUCCAGAUGGUUGGGGUCUUGCUAGGUUCACUUGUGGGUGGACAAAUUGGAGAUCGGUUUGGUAGAAAGUCCAACAUCCAUGGCGGUGCAGCACUGCUGACGGUAACCAAUAUUAUAGGUGUGUUCUCUGUCUCUUGGGUGAUGUACGCUACUGUGAGAUUCUUCAUUGGAUUCGCCGUUGGAGCUAUCCUUUCAACGGUCACAAUCUACAACAUGGAGUUCCUCCCGUCCUUCUGGAGAGGUUUCAUAGGGACAUUUCCUUUCUGGACAAUAUGUACAUUCACCUUGGGGUUGUGUGUGAUGGCGUUGAAGAACUGGAAGCACGUACACAUAGCUACUGCUUUUGUUGCCAUGUUGGCUUUCCUGUCCGUGUUCUGGCUUCCAGAAAGUAUGCGGUUUCUAGCAGUUCAUGGGCAUUUGACACAGGCAAACAAAGUUGUCAAGAAAAUUGCCAGGUUAAACAAGAAACCGUUACCGGAUACAUCCAUCGUGACAAGAAUUGCAGAAGUAGAGAAAGAGUCUUUGAAGGAAAGAUCUAGUUACACAUACCUUCAUCUCUUCCACAAAAACAUCAGGAAAUAUACCAUAAUUGUUGGAACGACUUGGUUUAUCAUUUCUCUUUCAAGUAACACUAUUGGGUUUGGUCUGAAUGCAUUCUCUGGUGACUUCUUUGUGAACCUGUUAGUUCUGUUUGUUCUGCCGUUUCCAGCUAGACUACUGGGUCUCCUGAUCACAUCGAAAGUCGGCAGGAAAAUAGCUAUGCUUACAAAUAUUUGCCUUUCCUUUGCCUGCUCAUUUCUGAUAGUUGGCAUUCAGCUAGCCGCUCCUGAAAAUUGGCGGGGCCUGGCGACCACGGCCCUUGCGCUUGUGGCAAAUAUCUUCAUAGAAGCUUCAUGGGGAGUGGCUGUAGUGUUCAUUGGUGAGCUGUUCCCGACGGGUGUUAGAAACAUGGCGUACGCUUUCUGCGGUGCCGUCUCCAGGGUCGGAGCCAUGCUGGGGCCAUACCUGAUUCUGAAGGAAUCCAUGCCCAUGUGGAGCGUCUUUCUGCUGAUCGGGUUACUUUUACUGAUUUGUUUUCUGGCAGUUCUGACCUUACCUGAAUCAAAAGGAAAGCCACUACACGACAAUCUGGAAGUGAAAGUAACGAAAGGUCAGGACUCAGACGUCAAUAGUCACGUGUAA